ACGAGCGAAAUUCGUCGAAAACAAAUUCUCUGCGAAAUGUUUCCUCUGGGGUGGAGAUGGAGGGGCUCUACGAUGAAUCACACCUACUCCGUGGUGAAACUAACAUCCUAAACUUAGAUGACGAGCAAAUUGAUGAACUAAAUCCAGAGGACAUCGGUGUAGACGACCCCGAUUUGUUGGACGCACCAGAUCACAUUCCAGAUUCUGAUGAGGAGGAUGGGGACGAGGAUGCAGAGCUGUCUCCAGAUGGGAUCCUUGAUGAGCGCACCAUUGCUAGAGGAAUCUCGAAUCUUGGCAGAUCAGCUGACGGAACCAUGCAAGUGUAUCUCCACUUGAAAAUUCCUGGUUACGAGCUGAAAAACAUGGACAUCCUAUGCGACUACGUCCAUCUUCAGAAGCUUGAAUUUCCUUAUAAUGAGGUAACAGAUCUGAGUCCUCUCAGCAACAUGCCGCAUCUUAUUGAAGUAGAUGCCUCUCACAACAAAAUCAAAACUCUUCUCGAUUUCGUACCACCCAAGAACCUGAAGACUGUGGACUUUUCCUACAACCAGAUUACGGAGAUGACUGAUCUGUCUGCUCAUCAUUGUCUUUCUAGUCUGAUACUUGAUCAUAACGAAAUAGAAGUAAUCAGUGGCCUGCAGAACUGCAAGAGAUUGAAGACAUUGAGCAUUGCGCAUAACCAGAUAAAGAGCAUCCAGGGUUUAGAUGAUUUGCCCAUUGUCUAUCUUGAUCUGUGUUACAAUCAAAUCAAGAAAGUGGAAAACCUUGAGAAACUCCACAAAAUUCAGCAUAUUGUGUUGAUGGGGAAUAAGAUCCGGAGCCUGGAAGGACUUCAAGAUCAUGCCUUCCUGGAACUGAUCAACGUUGAAGACAAUGAGGUGAUUGAUCUAGCUGAGAUAGAGUUUGUGAAGGAGCUACCCAUGUUAAGAUUCCUCAACCUGAUGAGGAACCCCAUACAAGAGCUACCGGACUAUCGACUCUCCAUCCUGUUCCGGCUUCAGAAACUGGUGGAGCUGGACAGAAAGCGGGUUGAUGUGGAAGAAAAGGUGGCAUCUGUGAAUAUGUUCUCCCCACCAAUGGAGGUUGUGGCUUCCAGAGAUCACAUCAUGCAUGUGGUCUACUCCUUCCUCCAACCCAGCACAGUUCUUGAAUGUACACUCCCAAGUGUGCAGACACCAUACCCAAUGCUGGUUCUGGUUGGACCCCAAGGCUCUGGCAAGAAAGACCUUACGCUAAAGUUGGUGGAGGAAUUCCCUGAUUAUUUUGGCUAUGGUAUCACACACACAACCCGUAAACCCCAUCCUAAUGAACAAGUGGACAAGGAUUUCCACUUUGUUAAUAUUGAUGAAUUUGAGGAAGAAAUCCGAUAUGGUCGUUUCCUUUACACCUACCAGUAUGCUGGUAACUGGUAUGGCCUGACACUGGACUCUGUGGAGAGCAUUGCAAAGGAAGGGCUGGCCUGCAUAGUUCACAUGGAAUUAGAGGGGGUUCUAACUCUGAAAAACACAUAUUUUGAGCCACGCUACGUCUACAUUAUGCCAAUAACGAAAGAAGCUCACGAGAGGAGGUUGCGUGAACGAGGGCUGUACUCGGAACCACAAAUUGAGACGACCCUGAAACGAGCAGACGUCUAUGCGGAAUAUAACCAAGAACAUCCAGGAUUCUUUGAUAUGUACAUCAACAGUGAUGAGAUAACUGAGGCAUACAAGAGGCUUCGUCGCCUUGUCAUGGACUACCUGGGUAUUAAUCUGCCAACCCCAGAACCCGCCGACCCGGAGGAGAACUCUGAUGCACCUGGGUCUGACCCUUCUGCUACAACUCCUGCGAAUAACAAGCCAACGUCAGGUUCCAUAGCUUGGUCUCGUGCCAGCUUGCCAGAGAGCAUUACUCAGCAGUAUCCUGGUACGAUCAAGAAGCCCCAGAUGUCACCGGUACCUCCCCUGGUGCAAGGAAUUGGAGUUCUGGAGGAGGCUUCAAUCAAAAGACGACACAGCGCAGCAAAGGAAGCAGUGGCAGGAUAUGUGUCUCCAACCCUUUAUCCACAGAUGACCUCCAGGGUUCCACCGCAUACAGCCCCAGAUCCUUUAGUGACAACGCUCUCGCCGACACAGAAAAUUCAUCCAAAACCGACACCGCCAGAGCCAGAAGGUCUAAAAGAACAAUUUCCAACGUCUCCCGACUCAAGUAAAGAAAAUUCUCGAGCAAGCACGAGUCUUUCACAGCUUUCGUCUUUACAUCGGACAACAGAUCUUCAGUCCCCAGUUGCAAAUGGAUUGUCGGCGAGCAAUAAUCUACCAACGGAGAUGAUGGAUCCGAUAGAAAUGAUGACGUCUGGUGGAAAUGGGAUGCAACAGACAGAGGAGGAACAGGCCUUAUCACGGCCUGGGUCUGUAAAUAGACCUGGCUCGGAGAGACAUAAAGUUUUACCACCGAUAUCUCCACAACAGGCAUAGCACUGUAAACAUUAUAACAUUGACUGUGUCACUAACAUGCCAUGCAAGGGUGGCACCUCUCGUUCUACUGCCCCCUGGGGCCAAGGGCAGUAUUAAAGUGCAUUGUGACAGUUUUGAAAAAAAAUGUGAUAUUCUUAAAUUUUCUAGUGCCUGCAAUAAUUAUACAUGAAUAAGAAAGUAAAGUUUUUACUGUGUCCCUGAUGAAAACAUAUCCGUCCACUGGUAUUUUCGAACUCUGAUUUUGUAUAAGGCCUAUUGUAUGAAUGCCUCUGAAUGAAUAUACCCUCAUUUAAUCAGACAUAAUGUGAUAGAAAGAAACCAGGCAAAGUGUACAUACACAUGUACCAGAUCUAUUCCGAUUGACACACCUAUUUACAUUUUGUUAUGUAUCAAUAAAAAAGAAAGAUUUUGCA